AUGCAAGUAGGGAGGGUUAGCUGUGUUGGGCAGACAUUUGCUUUAGCAAGAUGUAGUGAUUCUCAAGGGAAAAAGCAUCGCAGUCGUGUAACAAAGGAAGAGCGGAGAAAAAUGGUGGAAUCCUUUAUAAGAAGGUAAUUUUAUGAAAAGUUGGAAAUACUUUGUAACUUGCCUGAAAUUGCAUUAGUUUUUUUUGUGUUCUUUUUGUAUUUUCUUGCUGUUGUUAUCAUUCAUUGUCGUACUAUCCUCUAUUUUAGUACUUGAGUCAUGGGAUAAUGACUUCUAUCAACUGAUUUAUCCUUUUAAUCAGGUAUAAGGGCUCGUUCAUCAUACAGGUUUUUGGAAUCAAAUGUUGCUAUUCAUAUGUAUUAUUUAUUAGUUACUUUGUUGUUAAUUGAUGGCUACUUAAGUAGUGUUAGACUUGUGACUGGCACAGAAGAAACGGAUAUCAUUUAUUAAAAUUUAUCAACUCACCUUAUCAGAAGCUUCUAAGAAAUAAUAAUAAAGGUACUUUCUGGCAUACUUGUAUCGAAAGGUGAAUGCAAAUUUGGUAACAUAAUUUUGACCCAACUUCUCUUUCUAUGAAUUGAAGAAUUAUUACCAGAAUUCUUAUCCACAUAAUGAGGAGCUGGGUAAACCUAAAAUUCUUCUAAAGUUAAAACAUUAAAGUGAAAAAUGUAUCAGGUUCACAAAUCGUGCUAGUGUUGUCUAACCUAUUUGACUGAAAAUUUUGUUUUCUAGCGUUCUGUUUAGACUUGUGAGUUAAGAUUGAUAGUACUUGUAUCAUCAGAGGCCGGUUCUCAUGUUUCCUUCUGCAGUGUAAUCCGCUAAAUUUCAGGCUUGCAGUCUUGUGUAGUGGUCAGUAUCUGGACAAGUAGCAAGCCACUUUUUUCUCACUUAACUUUGGACUAGGUUAAAUGCUCCUCUAUUUAACCUCGGACUAGACACAAAUGUGCAUCUGUUUUUUACCAUCCACCUCUUGUACUCUGCUAUAUAUAAUCUGUCUUCUGUUGAUUGUACCCCUCUUCAAUGUGCUGGCUAACAUAAUUACGGUGAUGAACGUGAUUAUUUGUCUGCUAGAGGCACAUUCAACUCUGUCCCCUCCGUUUCGGAUUCCUUUUCUUCCUGUAGUUCUCCAUUUACACUCAGUGUAAAGCUACAAUUUUUCAUUGCUACCCGUUGUUACUAUUUUUAUCUGUUUCUAGCAAUUCAAAGGUUAGCUCGGAGUACUUAUGUGAAGUCUAACUGAAGUCCCCCUGUUCUUGUCUAGAGACCCAACUUUUAGAGGGGGUUUCGUUAAUAUUCUCCUGUGUUCUGCCAGUUCACAAAUUAGAAGCAAAGAAGUUCUAAGGUGUUCAGAAUUUUUUCUCAGCAGAACUAUUUGAAGUUGUCUGGCAAACACAUUUAUUUAUUUAGUAAGAUGUAAUCUAAUAAAAAAGAAGAAAGCAUUCCCAUGUUUAAAUAGUGGGACAGGAGCGCCUCCUUAGGCAUUUAAUACAUUAAGUAAUUUCCUAGGUCAAAAUAUCAUAUUAUUCAGCUAGAAAUUUGCUUUGACAGUAUUAUAUCUACAAUAUACCCUAACAAGAGACUUACGAAUGCCUUUCUUGUGUCAGUUGAGAUUCUUAUUCCUUCAUACGAGUUUUAUUGGAUAGGUUUUUGUCAGUCUUUCAGCGUGUCUAAUAUUUUAACGUAUCAUCUUCUUCCAGACACAGAACUUCCAACAACGGGAAUUUUCCGUCACUGAAUCUCACUCACAAGGAAGUCGGUGGGUCAUUCUAUACUGUGCGAGAAAUUGUGCGAGAAAUUAUUCAAGAAAACAGGGUAUUGCGCCCCGGUAAUUUGAAUUCGCACUCAGUUGUACUUAACGAUUCUGAAGAAAAAGGGCCAGAACCCUUCUCAGAAAAUACAUGCAAUUUGCCUUUAAUCACUGUUGAUCCUUCAAGUAUGCACAGAUGGGAGGGAGCUUCUGAUAGUAAUCCGAAUGAAAAUGCAAACGGAGUACUAUCAACCGUCUCAUUGAUAUUCUCUGACCAGCAUAUAAGUAACAGUAUCAAAGAAAAUUUUGCUCUCAGCUCAACUGAUAUCUUACUUGCACGAGUCACUAAUGAGGUUUCCGCCCAGCAUCAGGAACAUUGCUUGGAAAAGGCUUGUGGUCAUGUAGACUCCGCAAAUGAGAAAUCAAAAGAGGAACUAAUUGAACGAGCAGGACAAAGGCAAAACUUUUUUCCAAAACUACAUGACGAGGAAUCAUUGUUGGAAGCUGAACUUGACAAGGAAGGAAUCCAUUCAAAAUGUGAAGUUGGGAACGAUAUUGGACUUAAUGAAUUGUUGGUGGUGAAUCCUAUCUCUGGUGCUUCAGUAGCUGAAGUCAGCAGAAAUUAUAUACUAGGAGACGACGUGAAGGUGAGAUUUUCAUCUGAAGAGGGGGAGAAUUCUCGUGAGGGGGGCUUUGUUUUUGAUAAGCCAGAGAAGCAGGCAUCUCUAAGCCAUGAUGAAGUAUCAUGUUCUAUCAAUGCUGAGGUAUACUAUCCAUCACAGUCUGGAGAUUCGACCAUCUGUGUCCCAGAACAUGCGUUUCUAAAAUCAGCUGGAGUUUCUGAUAUUUCAAAAACACAAGUUGAUGACCUUUUCAGUGCAAAAGGUUCCACUAUGCAAGUUGAUUCAGAGACAACAGUGGACUCAGCAGAAGGGUUGUUGUCCCCUCUUCUUUCUUCUAGCGAUGUUAUUGGCCAGAAAAAUGCAGAAAGCACCGAGGUUCCAACUUCAAAUGAUGCAUGGUACCCGAAUUCAUGUGAAUGUAUAAAGCAGGUAAUGCUAAUACAAUAUUUUUCAUUGUGCACUCGAAGAAGCCUUUCAGGGGUGUUUAGUGUGGAUAAGCCUGGGGCUUUUUCCUGUUUUAAUCUCAUAACUUGAGAACUCAGAUGCUGAAGACCUGUUACCGUAGAUAUUUAAGAUAUAUAUUUAAAUUUGACCUCUCCCCUGCGAUGUGUUCCUUUGUUCUAGGCGUGAUAGAUCAAAUUUUGACGAAGAUAUAUCAGCAUGUAUUCCAAAAAACAACUGUGGUUGAUUACAAAUAGUUGAUUUCUCUUACUGCUGAAUGUGGAUAGAUGCCAGUCAAUGUUUAAAACAAAGCAAUUUGUCUUGGUGCCUGGGGUAGGUCCUUUUUUUAAACUGUUUACUGGCAAUCCAUUCACAAGAAAUGUUUUCUACUUUGGUACAUUGUUAAACGAAUCCUUCAGAAAUUGAUUGAAUAUAAACUAUGUUUUACUCCUCUGAAUAGGGCUGAGAUCUUUACGUCAUUCUUUCUUUUGUCUUCUUCUUCCUUUUAUAUGAACUGUGUUUGGAGUUUCGAGGUCAAGACUUCUUUAACUUCAUUCUACUCUAAAUAGCUUUUACACCACAUGAAAAAUUAUUCGUAUUUCUUCAUAUUUCCAAUUCUUUUUUUAUAUGAUGAAGCUUAGAAAAAAAUUUUUAUGCUACAAUUAUUUAUUUUCUUUGACCUUUUCGUUAAAGCCAGGUAUUGUGAUCAUAUAAUGUCCAACAUACAUAUAUUAUAGUUCUUGAUUCUUUUUGCAUAUUAUAAUCUAAGAUUUACAAGCUUUGAUCGUCCAACCACGACUUUUGAAGGCAUCAUGCCACAUCAUUUAAGAAAAAGUAACCCUGAAUUUUUUUUGGACUUUUGUGUAUGAGCCUUUGAUACAUGAUGUUUGGAAAGUAAGAUUGAGAUGUUCCUUUGUAAUGCAUUUUUUGUUGGAAUUUGAAAUGCUUUGGGAACCCAUGCAUUCAUUUCAUGGUAAAUAUAAACUUCAGCAUUUAAAAAACAUAACAAAAUUUACUGCUUCAGCGGUGAGGCGUCUGCCUUGGAGCCAUUACUUAGUGGCGAAUAGGGGCUAUAGCCUUGCGCCUUGGUGAGUUUAAAGUUUAGAUGAAAUUCAAGCAUUUUAUUUUUAUUUAAACCGUUCUUUCUGUGGGGUUUGAUUAGUCCUCAAUAAUAACUUAAAACUCAUUCAAAGUGUCUACAGACUAUUGCCUUACUAACUUGGUCUUUCUAAAACUUGGAGAAAAUUUUAGUGUAGGAAUGUUGGGUCUAUUCUUUGUUAUUAUCCAAGGCAUAUCUUAAGGAAUGCUCAGACACCUGUUACUUAGCUAAUGCAAAUUCUUGCUCUCAAAUUACGCCAGUUUAUCAAAUAAUUUCUUUUUUCAACGAUUUUCUUUUCAAUCUAACUUAAAUUUUUUAUAUUUAAUGAGAAUAUUUAUCUUAAUUGUAAGAUUUUACUAAGCGAAUACAUAUAUAUACUCAUAUUAUUUGUCACCUAUUGUCAAAUACUUUUUGGCUAAACCUUGUUCUUGAGGUGUUAGAAGUUAUGUUCUCUUUUUCUACGGUUUGAAGCUUGUUCAAUUAGAUUAGUAAGCUGUCUAAGUGGUAAGCGGUGAUGGAUGUGUAAUUGUUGUCUCUCAUUGUUUUAUCCCUUUUGACUCGUAGAUUGUUAUUUAUCUCAUUUAACUUUUGAAAACUUAUUUUCCGUUUAUAAAUUGCGUUUAAUCUCAAUCUUUUCGUGUCUUUGGCCUCGUCAUUUGUUCCAGUAUUUGUGGACCUUCGGAGCUUGGUUCUUUUGUUAUCCAAAUGUGGAGUCAUCUUCGUUCUUCAUCAGUCUUUUUUCCUCGUCAGUCUAUCUUUGAAAUUCUUGCGGCCAGUAAUUCCUUUCAUAUUCGUUUUUUCUCUCCUAUGUGGAGCCACAUAACUUAGCUUUUAACCGGUUUAUAAGUCAUUAUGUUCUUCAAAACUUUAAACAGCAAUGAUAUCUGGAAAUUUCCAAACUUUGUGCAGCCUUCAGCAUCACCUGAUGGUCUACGUAAGGAGGUGGUGCCCUCAAUAGGCAAUCUUGCCUCCGAAGAAUCCGGGUACAAAGAUUGCUACAGCAGCUCUGGCACAGGAGGGCAGUUGACUUCUGGUGGGAGCAACAGGUAGUCCUGACCUCACUCAGAAGAAUCUCUGCCUCUAGGAUACACUGAAAUCGGUGGAUGAAGAACUCAGUUCAUUUAAGAAUAAAUACCUCCAUGGAAACAAAGGUUGGAAAAAAUUAGCUCUAAUUCUUACUGUUUUUUAAAUAUACGGGAGGGAUAUAGUAGAUUAAGCCUUGGGAUUAUGGGCCAGUCACCUCAGCAGAAACCAGGUAGCCAAACCCAGAAUACUUCCACCCAGGUGUCUCAGCCAGCAAACCUGAGUCCCGGGCAGUUGGCUAAAAGCCGGUCAGACCCUGGCUGUGGCCAGUAUAUUCAGCCUAAACUGGCCAAGGGUUGAUUCAGACCCAGCCCAUUUGGGUAAGGGUUUGGUUCUGAAACAAAAACCUAUCUGCUUUUAAUCCUCGAGAAUUAUGCCUCCUCAUGCAUGGUCUCGCUUUUCAGGGAAUCAUCUGAGGCCGAACAGAAGAAGCAUUCCGAAGCUAAUUCACUUUGGGUAAUCAUCAAGGGAUUUGCCACCGCUUUUAUCAAGUUUUGGAUAGAAUAG